AUGGCGGCUGCAUUUCGAGAUGCUUGGCAAUUUCGUGUGGCUUGUCAGAAUGCUAUUUUUCUGGACUUCGAAGCCGCGUGCACGGAGAACGUGGAAGCCCGACUAUGGGACGCUCACGUUAAGAUCAACAACCGAUUUCGCAAGGUUUUAGCUCGAUUUCGGGACGAGAACGGCAAGAAAAGGCCCGUGGAAAAGCGCAAGCUGGAAAAGCAUUAUCUCGACUUCAUCAAGUCGAGCCAGAGAUUCUACAGGGGAUAUAUCCAGCAUCUUUCGUCGCAUUUUGGUGGUAUUCCGGAGCUAGAAAAAGUCGCACGCAAGUUCAACUUUGAGAACCUGUCCGCUGAACAGCCUGUCAACUUAGACGGUGAUCUCCGCAAGCGCGUACUGCUCUCCUGCCAUGCCACCCUCAUCCGCCUUGGCGAUCUCUCCCGCUACCGUGAAACGGAACUCGUCUCCGGCAAAAACCGCAAUUGGGGCCCUGCCAUCGGAUACUAUGACCUCGCAAGUGUCAUCAAUCCGGACUCGGGCGCAUCCCACAACCAGCUGGCUGUCAUCGCCCUGGCCGACGGCAACCAUCUCCGGGCGACUUAUCAUCUAUACAUGGCUCUCUCUGCUAAGGAUCCCCAUCCGACGUCAAAAGGAAACCUGGAGAUCGAAUUCAGGAAGAUCAUGAAUGCAUGGGCUAAACGAGAGUUGAUCCCUCGAGAGGACGCCGGCAUCCCGGGAAAGGCAUUGACCCCUUGGUUUGUCUACCUCCACGCCCAGUGCUACAAGGGUGUCGAUUUUCCAGAGCAUGAUGAGCUUGAGAACGAAGUCUUGAGUCAACUUGCAGUCGAUCUCAAGGAGCGAUCUCUCGAAGGGGAGUCCACGCACAAUGCGCGCGUGUUUUUCCAGCGAAUCAACGUCAAGACCUUCUUUACCCUUCUUCAAAUUCUCUUGGCUGAACUGGAGCGAUUCGCGACGGAAGACACUGAGAGUAAGGGGUCGCAAACUGGACCCGAAAAAGUGACUGUCGUUGCGCGCCGGGUACUCCCAGCACUGCGACACUAUAGCUCCUGGUUGCUCACGAACAGCGCCGAAUUAGUCGCGCAAAGACAAGAUAAAGACACGUCUCUUGCAGUUCAGAUCAAGGAGUUCUGGAAAAUAUACGCUAACACUCUGACGUUGCUUGCAUCAACAUUUGAUGUGGCCAAUUUACCGGAUAUAGAAUAUCUCCUUGAAGAAGAUGAGGAGACCCUCGGGUUCAAACCGCUGGUCAACGACGCAACCAGUCGCAGAUAUUUAGACGCCAAGGGUCAGCAAAAACCUCGCAUGCUUGAUCCUGGCGUGGAAAGAAAUCAUCCGAACCUAGAAAUGCUAUAUCGGAUCCGGGAAUUUGUGAUUGACGGGCUAGAUCUAGUUGUCAACAACAGAAUACCCGUCGCUCUUGUGGACGACAAUGACCGGAAAAUGUUCAUCUACCAGGAAGAAGGCCUUCCCUCUCAGUUCUUCACCAGUCCUCAUGGGCACCAUCCUACGCUGUCCUCGACAAGCAUCGAAAGAGAGGAUAUACGACACGCACAGCAGAAUGAGAAGAACAGCGCGGAGACCCGAAGCGCCUUUGGAGGCUCUCAGUCCGCUUCCGCGUCGAUGUCAGCGAAUAUGAACCGGAUAGUAGAAGGCGUUGAGCGAUUGGUGGAAUCGGACACUUGUGAAGGGGCGUCAGCUGGGCCAGAACUGCCGGAAUUCCUUCAGGACCCUCCAGUGUCUUCUGGCAAUGCUCUCGGUCCGAACUCUGGCUCGAUUCCCCGUAAUCCAGGACGACAAGCACCGGCUGUCCCUCCAGGUCUAGGACUGCGGAACGUGUCGAACCCAUCGGCCUCGUUGAAUCCGUCUCAGUCAUAUACCCCUCGUCCUACCCUGCCUAGCAUCCCCAGCAUCUGGAAUACAGAUUUCUCCUCACCGGCAGAGGCUGCAUCUUCGCAGACACGUCCUGGUGCAGCCCGACAGCUUAGCUCUUCCGUCCUCAGCCCUCGACCACAGUCGCAUUUUCUCGCUGCAUCUAGCGUCGACCAAAGUGUUCCGUCGCAAGAGCCGACUGCGAGUGACAUCGCAUUUCGAAACAGCUUGCUUCUUCAACGUCAACAAAUUUUAGAGGCCUCGUCGAGUGCGUCGCCUUUCGAAUCUAGCUGGACACCGCCAAAUCCGACUCCUGGCUAUCAGUACUCCGCUUGGGACAGGGAUCCCUUUGGUUCUGUUCCUUAUUAUGGCACACAGUCGUCGCAGCAUCGUCAAACUAUGUCCAGCAGCCUUGGAAAUGCGUCAUGGGCUGAUAACGCAUUCAUCGCGUCCAGCAGCUUGCCGUCAGGAUCUGGGUUUUAUGGCUCAAGCGCACUCAACCACGGACAAAAAUCCGCAGCGCAGCUUGGUGCAAUUGGUCAACAAACUCCACCGUGUGGGCAGGAAGGUUGA